UGACUAGAAUAAAAGCAGGGGGAGACCCUGCACCUUCCCCCUCCACUCACUGUCUAAAGUCUACACACAACAGUGUUAAGCAGCUGCCACCAUGCCUGCAGACUUCAGUGGGAAAUGGAUACUGGAAACCAAUGACAAAUUUGAGGAAUAUUUGAAAGUAUUAAAUAUUGACUUUGCUACAAGGAAAAUCGCCAUCUCCCUGUCUCAGACCAAAGUGGUUGUCCAGGAUGGAGACAAGUUUGACUUCAAAACACUGAGCACCUUCAGGAAUUAUGAGCUGGGCUUCACUGUAGGAGUGGAGUUCGAUGAGUACACCAAGGGACUAGACAAUCGAAACAUCAAGAGUCUGGUGACCUGGGAGGGGGACAAGCUGGUGUGCACCCAGAAAGGAGAGAAGGCCAACCGUGGCUGGAAACACUGGAUCGAAGGAGACAAACUCUACCUGGAGCUGACAUGUGAAGAUGUAGUUUGUCUUCAGGUGUUCAAGAGAAAAGAAUAGAAAGCAAAUAUUUGUUUUAGUUUUCAUUUACUCGGUUAACAAAGUCUUAUGAACAACACAAAUAAAGGUGCUUUCCAGACAACA